AUGUCCCAUCUGUCAGACAGUCAAACCGGGUCGGCACGAUCCGGGAGGCAACGCGGGGAGGAGGGUGACGAACGGCGCUCGGGUGCUGGUGGUUGGGCAGUAGGCAAGGCAGUACGCGGAAGAAACCGCGGCAGCCUGCCCAGCGCAAGAAAAAGGCGGAACCGAACGGAAGCAAUCAAAGCCAGCCGCGGCGCUCUCUUGCCAAGUCCCAACCGAGAGCGACGAGUCAUGAUGAUACUGGAAAGCAAAAUCUAUUGGGAUCUUGCCCCAGAGUACAGGUUGGAGAUGACACAUAUGUUUCCAAGGGAAGGUGCCUCAUCUAGCUCAACCUCAAUGAGCAGCCAGAGGAGUGAAACUAAUGAUGAUAGGAUGAUUGCAAUGGUUCUCUCCGAAGAAUAUGCCAAGUUAGAUGGUGCUAUGGCCAAGCGUCUUACUAAUUUAACAUCGAUUCCUCAUGUUCCCCGGAUUAACACGUACUUCCCGACAUAUAGUGAUGCCACUAUGGACCAUUAUCGCCUUCUUGAUAGGCUAAAUGCAUACGGCUUGUUUGAGGUGAGAGUAUCUGGUGAUGGAAAUUGUCAGUUUCGUGCACUCUCGGACCAACUAUAUAGAUCACCUGAUUAUCACAAGCAUGUUCGAAAGGAGAUUGUAAAGCAGCUCAAGGAAUGUAACUCCUUAUAUGAAGGUUACGUUCCAAUGAAAUACAAACAUUAUUGCAAAAAAAUGAAGAAGUCUGGUGAAUGGGGUGACCAUGUCACACUACAAGCAGCUGCAGACAAGUUUGCGGCAAAGAUAUGUCUUCUUACAUCAUUCAGAGAUACCUGUUUUGUUGAAAUUGUUCCUCAAUAUCAAGCUCCACAGAGAGUCCACACUGAGCAAUAUGCUAUUUCAGCAUUAUUAUUAGUUUAUGCAUACACCUUCAUGAUCACUGCACACUUCGCUACAUAG